AUGCUUUUCAAGAGCCUCUUCGUUGCCGCCGCCACGGCUGUCGGUGUUUCCGGCCAUGUCGCUCGGGAAGCCCCCAGGACCUUCGGCUGCGGUACUCACGAGCCCUCCGCCGAGCACGUUGGCAUGUCCAAGGUCCUCGCUGCCCAGGAGGCUCGCGUUCUCGAGUCUGGCAACCUGACCGCUCGUGCCACCAUCAACGUCAACGUCUACUUCCACGUUGUCGCUGCCUCUCAGACCGUGGCCAACGGCUACCUGACUGACAAGAUGGUCACGGACCAGAUCGCCGUUCUCAACCGGGACUUCGCCCCCCACGACGUUGCCUUCAGGCUGGCUGGUACUGACCGCACGGUCAACACCGGCUGGGCUCGUGACAGCAACGAGAUUGCCAUGAAGCGUGCGCUCCGCAAGGGCACCUACAAGGACCUCAACCUCUACACUCAGGUCAGCCUCACCGACAACGCCCUGGGCUACGCCUACUUCCCCACCUCUGGCGCCACCAGCGGCAGCACCACCUUCAUCCGCGAUGGUGUCUCGAUCAAGGCCCAGACCGUCCCUGGCGGCUCCCAGGCCGGCUUCAACCUCGGCAAGACCGGCACCCACGAGGUCGGCCACUGGCUCGGUCUCUACCACACCUUCCAGGGCGGCUGCACCGGCUCCGGCGACCAGGUCUCCGACACCCCCGCCCAGGCCAGCUUCAGCAGCGGCUGCCCUAUCGGCCGUGACUCCUGCCCCGGCCAGGCUGGCCUUGACCCCAUCCACAACUACAUGGACUACUCCGACGACUCUUGCUACGAGGAGUUCACCCCUGGCCAGGAUGCUCGCAUUCACAGCUUCUGGACCACCUACCGUGCUUAA